AUGAAUCUGGCAAAUUAUUCUUACUUCUCUGGCAUGUGCAACAUGACCGCAGAGACGCAGCACUCGCCCGCCGAGGCGAGUCCUGUUGUCAUGUCUCCAAAUGUCAGCCUGGACUCGCCGCUGCCUCCGCCGCCUCUCAUGCUGCAGGCCCGCUCCAAGGACAAUGUGUUGAUCAAGUCAGAGCCCCGGGGGAACAGUCCCAACACGGAGGAUGGAGCCGCUCUGGGGCAGACUGAGGAGCACCUGCCCACCGGGAGCCGCCGGAGGAAGAGGCCCGUCCAGAGGGGGAAGCCUCCCUACAGCUACAUCGCUCUCAUCGCCAUGGCCAUCGCCAACUCCCCCGAGAGGAAGCUCACCCUGGGGGGCAUUUAUAAGUUCAUCAUGGAGCGCUUUCCUUUCUACAGGGAGAACUCCAAGAAGUGGCAGAACUCCAUCCGCCACAACCUCACCCUCAACGACUGUUUUGUGAAGAUCCCCCGGGAGCCCGGCAGACCAGGUAAAGGCAACUACUGGACGUUAGACCCCGCAGCUGAGGACAUGUUUGACAACGGGAGCUUCCUGAGGAGGAGGAAAAGGUUCAAGCGCACAGAUGUGAGCACCUACCCCGGGUACAUGCAGAGCUCAAGCGCGUUUACACCAACCCCAAUGGGCAGGCCCUCGUACCCAAACACCCUGUACGCAGGGAUAGGCUCCGGUUAUGGCUCCCAGCUGACUGCAACAUCCCCGCAUCCGGCCAUGCUGCAUCACUACCAGACCUCCGCCGGGGUCGGCCAAGGACAGCCGCGCAUGUUCAGCAUCGACAACAUCAUCAGCCAGCAGACGGUGGUGCAGAGCGGCCCGGGGGGAGACCUCAACUCGCAGGCGCUGGGGCUGGGCGGAGGUGACCUGGGCACCAUGACCUCCAGCUGCUCGGUCACCGGCACCGACCCGUCUGCGUGCUUCCAGACCCAGACUGUGAACCCGUCUGCGAACAUGCUGAGCAGAAACAGCGGGAAUCUGUCAUCCAACCUGACCGCAGGGUACCCGUACUCCUCCUCGGCCUCUCCUCCAAACCUGCCCUCCAUGACCCAGUCCGGUUUCUCUCCGGGGAGCUCGCAAGUGUACUGCUCCGGCAACCGGCUGUCUCUGCCGGCCCUGCGCCCGGGCUCCUGCGCCGAGCACACGGAACAGCUGCUGGGCCUCUCCAGCCCCAUGAACUCCUACAACAACACCUACAUGAGACAAGCCAACUUUGCGUCAGGAUUAGAGCGGUAUAUGUGA